CUGUCCCGAAUCGAGAGCGAGGUUUUCUUCGGAAGUGUAACAAGGUAUUUCACCACGAAAUGGUUAUAUCAAAAUCUAGCAUCAUUUUGCCAUUUUAGGCCGCAAAAGAAUGACAUAUUGUGUUGCUUAGGGUUCCAACAAUCGUCUAGCUGCUGGAGAUAGAACGGGAAGGGUUGGAACAAUCAUUGUAGUGCUGGAAAGGUGUUUACACAUAGUUACAUAAGAGGCAGUGAUCCUAGAGCCAGGAUGUUGGAGGUUACUGUGAAGACUCUGGACUCAGUCUCCAGACCUUUCACGGUGGAGGAGGAGAUGACGGUACGUGAGUUUAAGGAGAUGAUAGCGGAGUCUGUGAACAUCCCGGCAGACAAGCAGAGACUCAUCUUCCAGGGCCGUGUCCUUAAGGACCACACCAAGCUGAAGGAGUACAAUGUCCAUGGUAACGUGAUUCACCUGGUGGAGCGAGCCCCUCCCCCCAGGCAGCCCCCGACAUCCUCAGCAGCAGCUGGAGCCUCGACUUCAACAUCAGCCUCCUCCAGCUCCAGCCAAUCAGCAGGCACGACACAAGCAGGAGGAGACAGGAAUGGCAACAACUUUGUGAUUGGAGCCUUCACGCUGCCAGCAGAUGUUGUGGAUCCCAACCAGAUCCAAAACGUGGUGCAGAGUGUGUUGUCAGGUAUGGGUGAUCUGGGAAGGAAUGCCAGAGUCACAUCCAGAGCCUCGCCGGAUGGGUCUUCAGUCGACGUUCACAUAAACCUGGGCCAGAUCGCCAUGCCACAGCUGCAGAGUGAGUCGCAGCUGCGCAUAGAUCAGGCACAGAGGAUGAUCCGCGAGGCACACGACUGUCUCAACAGACUGGAGAACCCCCCUGGUCGACAAAGGUCCAACUCCCUGCCAUCCAGUCUGGGAGAACAGACCCCCGCAGCUGAGGGGGCCGGGGUGACGUCACGUGAUGCUGAGUCCAUCCCUGCCACUGGCAGCACUGAGGAGCCCAUGGACACACAGACAGCCUCACCUGCACAGACAGGGGGGCAAACACAGGUGGCUGGAGGAAGUACAGCUGAUGCCCCAUCCAGUACAGCUGCAGCUGCAGCACCUGGUGCCAGUGGGCCAUCCUCUGCCACCAGCCAGCCAGGUGCUACAGGUGCACCUAACAGUUCUGCUGCAGGGACUGCACGGCCAGGACUACAACAUCCUGCCCCGGCUGUCCUGGCGGACGUGUUUGACGAGAUCCAGGCGUUUAACGAACGUCUGCGUCCCCACAUGGAGCGGUACCACCAGAUCCUCAGGAACGAGGUGGACUACUCAGGACAGUUUGAGGAGUACCGGGAGAACCAGCGUCUAGUGAACAUCAUCUCCCAGAUCCUGCACAACCUGUCCCACGCCUACCACUCCCUGUCUGACAUCAUGCUGGACCUGAGCCGUACCCCGCCACGCUACCUACGGGCCCCACCCGCACCACAGAUACAGAUGAUGGGCCCUGUACAGGCCACGUUUACGACAUCUGCUCCUGGUAUGGGCGCUGCUGCCUCCCGUACGUCAACCGGCACGUCAGCUGUACCCCAGACCUCCUCAGCAACCUCACAGACCCCGCCCGCACCUCAGGCACAGGUGUCCACUGCCACUACCCAGACUGCCCAUGCACCAGAUACCACAGCUGCACCCUCCAGCUCCCAGGAUGCAGCAGCUGCAGCAGCCAAUAAUGACCUGGCCUCUGCCCAUACUCAGACAGAUGGUACUCCAUCAGCCAGUGCCCAGACACAGACACAGACAACAGAGAUGAGAACUACCACCACCACCACACAGACCAACCAGGGACAAGCAGGUACGACGUUCCGCCAGGUGAUCGGAGGAGGGGGUACGCCCUCUGACCCCCUGGUGAUGCUGGAGAUGGGACCUCAGGGGUUCUACAUCAACCGUAUCACUGCAACCAUCCACCCCCCAGGACAGGGACCGCAGCAGGCUACCACAGGUGUGCCUACAGGGACAAGCACAACAGGAUCAACUGCAGGUUCCACCGCCCAGGGUGCACCCCCUGCCUCCUCCGCCCCAGGACCGAGUGUAACUGUGACCAGACACUUCACAACAACCACCAACCCAGCAGGUGCCAGGUUCUCCACAGGAACCAUCCCCAUGGCCCCGCCCCAACUCAUGCAGCAGAUCAUGCAGCAGGUAUCCCAGCAUGCCGCCUCGGCCACAGCUGCUACUGCAGCAGCUGCAGCCGCCACUGCAGCAGCCACAGCCGCCACUGCAGCAGCCACAGCCGCAGCCAACAUGCCGGGUCCAGGACAGCAGGCAACACAGCAGCCGACACAGCAGCCAACACAGCAGCCGACACAGCAGCCAGCCGAACCAGCAGCAGCGGGCCGCCCCACCUCCCCAACCACAGCCACAAACAUGAUCCAGGGAGUGUUACAGGGACUCAUACAGCAGCAGAACCCGUAUCUCAACCCUGAAGCCGGUGCACCUGGAACAGGUGGCAGGGCCGCCCGUCCCCAGCCCCCGCUGAACCCCCAGACGAUAGUCAACAUGUUUGACGCCAUCCUCCAGCCGCCCGCCCCGUCUGGCGGGGGUACCACGCCCUCUGCCCCGCCCCCGGCCACGCCCCAGGCAGCUCAGAACUUCUCCACCAUGUUCCAGGACUUUGUGCAGGACAGGAUCAGGGAGGCUGGGUCCCAGUCCACCAUGUCUAGUUCCUCCACAAACACCACCACCACCACCACUGCCGGCAGUCCCACCACAGAACCCUCCCCAGGCAACCAGCCGACCAAUCAGAGCGAGCCAUCGCAGCCGCCGCCCCCGCCGCCCCCGCAGCCGCGCGUGGGCGUGUCAGACGAGACGUUCCACAGCCUGAUUGGUGGGAUCGGGGGGUUCAUGCAGCAGGCCGCGGUGGGUCAGCCGUCCACAGAGACCAUUGCUGACUUCCUGACCAGGAUCAGUCCGGAGUACAACAUUCAGGAAGAAGAGGGUUUUCUGGCAGAGGUUUUCCAGCUCCUGACCACCAGCUUGACCUUCCUUGACCUCAUGAGGCUGUUCUUUGGUCAGUCUGGCCCGCUGGCCAACAUCCGCCCCCAGCUGGAACAGUUUGUGACCCGGCAGCUCCAGGACCAGCCACCGACACAGGCCAACAUACAGGCUGCAGUUGGGAGGAUACUGGACAGUAUGCAGAGUUACAUCACUGAUGCCAUUAACGAUGCCCAAGUUCAAGGUCGUGACAACAUUGACCUUGUGAGGACACACACAGAGUUCUGCAGACAUCACAUGUACAGGGUCAUGAACAUCAUCGCCAACUCAACAGACGAUAAUGCAGGGUUUGCACAGCGGCUGUUUGAUGCCUGUCGCGUGGCUGUGCAGGAGUGGCUGCGGCUGUCCACCAGCUGUAUCACAGACGGACUGAGAGGUGUGGAGAGGAUUGUCAACAGCAGGCUGAGAGUGCUUGCCGGUGACGUGAACCCAGCCAUCCUGGCCUGGAUGCAGAUGAUGUCCACAGGACACCUGCGCAACCUCCUGCAGACUGUCACCGUCCCUGAGAGCCAGAUCCAGCACUACUACAUCAGGAGGGAGCCACAGCCGGUACAGGUGGAACAGCCAGCACCUGACAGUGCACCUGCUGCACCUGAUGCUGUUGCAGAGGAGGCUCCCCCUGCACCAGAAAGUGUUUCACAGGAGGCAACCAGAGCAGAGGAAGUCAGUAGCUGCCAGGGGCAGAAAAGAGACCGAGCAAAUGCUGAAGACAGUCAACCACAGGAGAAUGCUGGCAGGAGUGAGGAAGCCGGCUCCCUGAAUGGUGUCGCCGAAUCUGAGGCUAUGGAUAAUGAUGAGGAGCCAGCUGGUGCCCCGGGCCUGCCCUGGCAGUCAGUCGUGCCAGCUGAUUGGGUGCCGGUCAUACAAAGGGACAUUGAAACCCAGAGAAACCUCCAGCCUCAGCCACCAUUCAGUGAUGCCUACUCCACAGGAAUUCCUGCAAAGAGAAGAAAGACCUCCCACGCUGGGCGUGAGAUCGGUUCGAUGUCAUCAGUCGUCCCUGAGGCCCUGAAGCAGGCUGUGUUGUCCUCCGGGGUCCAGCCCACCACCAGUAUGGAGGAGUUCACUGAGGAGGCUGAGAACAGCGCCACCCUGCACACUGCUUAUGAACAGCAGGUGCGUAGCAGUGUUAGACGUCGGCUGAGAAACGACCCCAACUACACGCCAGAACGUUUUCCCAACACUCACAAGUACUUUGAGGAGGACAAUUCAUAGAAGCCUCUCUAUGUAGAGACCCUCUUCACCAAACAGUAGUUACGGUACAAGUAUCCCUACAUCUUUUUUGCCCCUUAUGCCUUAUAAUACCACGAGCACGGUAGAGUUAACCAUUACGGUAAUCAGGGAUUUGAAAAACACCCACACUGUAAAUAAGGAGCACUGCACUGUAUGGACAUGUACCGGUACAGUACGUAAACACAGAAGAAACAGUUGUGUACAUGUCAGUAUAAUUGAAAGUGUUGUACAGGAAAGUCAUUUCACAACGUGGUUGUUUAGAUAGGUAAGCAAGUUUGCAAUGGUAGCUAAGCAUUUUAAAUCAGUACCUACCAGAACACAAGUUGGUAUACAGAUGAACGCUUAGCAGGAAAAAAGAUAAUAAGAGACUCACCUAAAAGUUUUAAACAUGAACAAACUCAUGCUUAAACUACACACACCACUCAUCAAAUUCUGUAGCUGUCUACUUGGUUGUGUGUAAAAAAAAUCAGUGGAAAAAGGUUACACGUCUAAUUAGUGAUUUUACUGUACUUUUUGUUUUAUUGGAAUUGCAAACAUCACAGUACAGUGGGCAGCAGUGGCUGAUAUUGGACACCGCUGUAUGUUAUACAUUUUUGUAGACAGUGUCAGUUGUAAAAGUGUUGGUUGUAAAAGUAUGGUAAAGGUCUACUAAUUGCCUACUGUCACAAUCAGUAUUGAUAGAUUUAAACAAGGCCUAAAAGAAGGCCUGAGCUGUAGAGUAUUUUGAUUGGGAAACCUUAGGGGUAUAGUAUUUAAUGGCCCUUUGCUUUAGUUCAACCAGUAUCCCCAAAAACCUUUUUUUUUCUUGCCCACCUCCCCUCUCAACUUGGUAUCAUUUUUUCAGAUAGAAUAUUAAAGCCACCUUUUUCUUUCAAAAGUUUCAAGUCAGUACAAUUAAAACCGAAAUCCAUCAUGGUAUCAUAUAUGAUAUGUUGAAGGUUGAAUAUUACUACCCUGUGUACAAAUGUACCUCUGUGGAUAGGAUUAAUAGGUAAUCUGCUUGAAACAAACAUCCGCAAGUAAUGAAAUAAAGACAUUGUCAUCCUGUU